AUGGCAUAUGAGCAAGCCUCGGCUAUUGCUCGCAAAAGACGAGCCGCGAGUAUUGCUGCCUUCUACACCACGCCCACAUGGCCGGAGGCAGAGUUACCGGCCAAUCUGACAGACUUUGCAAUCAAAUCCGGCUACUACACGACAGGUGAGCUGGGAAUCAUCGAGUCGGAAGCAGAUGCCAUUCUUGAAAACAUCAAGACCCGAACAUGGACGUCGCUCGAUGUGGCGAAGGCUUUUUGCAAGGCUUCGGCUUUGGCACAGGAGUUGACCAAUUGUAUUACAGAAGUCUUGUAUCCUGAAGCCAUUGAGCGGGCCACCUAUCUCGACGACUAUCUUGCACGGACGGGCAAGACCGUGGGUCCACUCCAUGGUCUUCCGAUCUCGCUGAAAGACUGUUUCGUUACCGCGCCACACCCCUCGUCCAAUGGCUUGGCAGCAUACGCCAACGAGGCUAUGGACAAGGACUCACUGCUUGUCACAAUCCUGAGAGACCUCGGUGCCGUCUUCUAUGUGAAGACCAAUGUUCCAGUUGCAAUGAUGAUGGCAGAGACCACCAACAAUGUCUGGGGUGAAACGCGGAAUCCGUUACACAAGCACCUUAGCCCAGGAGGUUCAAGCGGUGGUGAAGGCGCCCUGAUAGCUUUCAAAGGCUCCCCCCUAGGUGUUGGUACAGACAUAGGCGGCAGUAUCCGCAUUCCAGCAGCCUGGUGCCAUCUAUACGGACUGAAACCGAGUUUCGGUCGCUAUCCAACCUACGGAGGGAAACCCAGCAUCGCCGGCCAGGAGUACAUCCUCGCGAUCAAUGGGCCAAUGGCCCGGUCCCUCAAAUCCAUCAGACUCUACUCCGAAGCCGUCCUAUCAGACCAAGUCAGGCCAUGGGAUUUUGAUCACAAAUGCGUGCCCAUACCGUGGAGGAACAACGUCAUCCAACCACCCGGUCGCAAACUCCGACUUGGCCUAAUCGGCAUCGAAGACGGCCUGGUCCACUGUCAUCCACCGGUAGAACGAGCAUUGAACAUGACGAAAGCCGCGCUCGAAAAGGCAGGACACGAGAUCAUUCCCUGGUCGACGGAAGACCACGAGGCGAUCGUCAAGAACCUCCAAGCCGCAUUCUUCGACCUCGGCGGCACGGCGAUCAUGGACGUCGUGAACUCGUACGACGAGCCCGUGUUCCCGAGCAUGCAAGGCUACGCGGUCGCCGCGCAAGCGGGCGAAAGCGAGCUGGGCCCCACCAAGAUGCGCCUGAUGAACCUGCGCCGCAACGCCCUGCAGAAAGCGUAUCUGGACCGCUGGAACGCGUCCGCCACAGCCGACGGCAAGCCGCCCAUCGAUGGAAUCAUCCAGGCCGUGUCGCCGUGGGCGGCGCCCCGCCUCGGCGAGACACAGCGCUCCGGCCUCUACGUCGGAUAUACAGGCGUGUGGAACUUUCUCGAUUUCGCAGCAUGCACUUUUCCCGUCACGUUCGCAGAUCAAGCCAUCGAUGUGGCGCGCGACCCAAAGACAUUCAAGCAGCUGAGCGACAUCGACGGCCGCAUCCAAAAGGACUACGACGCGGCAUUCUACCACGGUGCCCCAGUGUCGCUGCAGGUUGUGGGCCGCAGGCUUGAGGAGGAGAAGGUCCUCGAGAUGACCGAGGCCAUCGCUGCUGCCCUUGCUGCUGCUGAGAGCGGGAAAUGA